UUCCCAGGAUCGGGUCACUAAACUGUAUGCGCGCAAGUGUGUUGCGGGUGCAUUGGAUGUUCGUCAGCGAAGGAUUGGCAGGGCCUGACAGGAGCCGCGGAAAUAAUCUUCGAAAAGCUUCUGCCACUCAUUGCAACACUGGGUUCGUUCUGCGCCGCAAAGAUGCAGGUGCAGAAUGUUGGCGGUGCAGCUGUGGCCACUGCCUCGGGCGCGGAUUCUGGAGGAGAUUCCGGAGUGGACGAUGAUUAUGAUCAAGAGAAUGACGCGCAUCACGUUAUCCAGCCACAAACCGAUACAGAGGAAGCGUCGACUGACACCGACGAAGGAUAUGCAGAUUCCGAUGCAUCCUCAUUCCUCUCAUCAAUCCUAUCAGAAGUCCGACGCGGCAUCGAAAUCGAAGGCCGCCUAUACCCCUCCUACGGCAAACAUGACUACGGCAUGCCCAUUGACGAGAAAGAGAUGGAUCGAAACGACCUACAGCACCACAAAUACCAUCUCCUCCUCAAAGAUCGACUCUUCGUCGCGCCCAUCCCAGACGACCAGCUAAACACAGGAAACAGCCGGAUCCUCGAUCUCGGCACGGGGACGGGGAUCUGGGCCAUGGAUAUGGCCGACAAAUACCCGUCCGCUCAGAUUGUUGGAGUGGAUAUAGCUGCGACGCAACCACCGUUUGUGCCGCCAAACUGUACUUUUGAGAUUGAAGAUGUAGAGGAAGAUUGGCCAUAUAGGAACGCACACUUCGAUUUCAUCCACGGCCGCGACCUGAUGACCGCCGUGCGCGACUGGCCCCGCCUGCUCGCGCAAGCGUACACGUGCCUCAAGCCGGGGGGCUGGAUCCAACUCUGCAGCACAAUCCCCGGCGCCUUAUCCGACGACGCCAGCAUCCCGGCCAACAGCGGCUAUGUCGAGUCCGGACGCCUAUACUUUGAGAUCGCGGAGAAGAUGGGCGCGCCGCUCGACGCCCCCAGGAACUGGGCAACUCAAAUGCACGCCGCAGGGUUCACGAACGUGCAGGAUGAAGUGCACAAGCUGCCCAUGGGACCCUGGCCGCGGAGCAAGCGGCUCAGGACGGUCGGCAGGAUGGAGCAGAUUAUGAUUUUGGAUGGCGGGUUCGAGGCGUAUAUGUUAAGGGGGUACACGCAGGUGCUUGGAGGCAGGCCGGAGGAUUUGCAGGCUACGCUUACGCAUGCGAAGAGGGAGGUCAGAGACCCAAGUAUUCAUACGUAUGUGCAGUACUGGAUAACGUAUGCGAUGAAGCCGUUUGAGAAGUAGAGUGGUACGAGACUGCUGCUUUGGGCACGGAGUCGGUGGCGCUGGGUAGACGGGGAAUCUUUUGCUUUGCUGGAAACACUAUGUAGGUAAUGUCUAUCUUGCUUCUAUGACUUGUUGGAG